GAGCAUUGUAUUUGCAGGGUCAGAAAAGAACAUCUGCAGUUGAUUUUGAUACAUUAUUUCACAACCAUUUUUUUCGAUCUUAUUUAUUUUUACUGGGAUCUUUCUAGUCGAUUAUAUUCUUAUAAACUUUGCAGUUGUUUAGUAGAAAUAUUCUACUUUACAGAACCGUUUUGUCAUAGUUCCUACUUCCUAGCUACUCCGUGCUGGUCAAAGUUGCAGGUACAAAAAGGCCAUGGUCCUCCCAUCAUCAGUCAUCUCACUAUUUCAUGUUGCUUCAUCAACAUCAAUACUAUAUGCCCAUAGAGUGUUUUUUGCAUUUGGAGAUACUGGGUUUUCUUGCAUUUCUCCUUACGCUAUUUUCAAAUAUCAUAUUUAUGGCUAUUUGGUGAUAAAGGAGGGAUGAACAAUCUGAAAGGAUAUACUAGAUGAUGUUCAAAACUCUGGAGGAUUGAUCUUGCAAAUGUGAUCACAUACGAGGAAGGUGAUGUGUGAAUUACCAAUGCGUUUUUUAUGCCACAUGUGAGAUUGGCAUUGGUAAUUCUUGAAUAUAUGAGAGAAUAAAAGCUCAUACUGUGUUCUCCUACAAAGUGAUCUUUUACGGUAGAGCUGAGAAGCAUCACUGUGAAUUCUAUGUUGGUCAUUGUGUGAACUAUAUUUGAAAUGCCAGAAGUUGACUCUCACUUAGGCUCUAAAAUAUUGUAUCAACUAUAGUUGAGGCAAAGUGUCUCUCCUUCUAUUGGGAUAUGUCGUACUAUGAGAUUGAUGCUCAUGAAAGAAAUUUAUUUUUACCCGUAGUAAUGCUUGGACGCGCACCUAGUUACAUAUACAAUUGUUGAAAAAUGUUCUGGGAAUGUUUGUUUUAUGGCUACCAGUAAAAGUGGCUCAAAGAUGUCUUCUAACCAAUUUUACCUUCUCUGAUUUGAACGCCAAGGGAAGAGGGGACAAGGGUAAAGGAGUCAAAUCAUCUCGGUGGUUCAGGCGUCUCACCGCCGUCACAGCCGCCCCCCAUCAGUCCUCGAUCUUCCCUUCCCGGCCCCGUCGCGAUGGCCGCCGCCGGCAAGCCCGACCCUGCCACGCCGCCGCAGCCGCCUUCGGCCGCGAAGGGGGUCUUCAUGCGCCGCAUCUUCCCCUUCCUCCUCGCCACCAACGUCUUCAUCGGAGUUUAUGUUUUUGCCAAGACCUACAAAAGAGACCAAGAAAAGAAAAAUGCUGAGGCUGCUGCUGCCGCUGCCGCUGCUGCAGCAUUGUCAACCCCAGCAAGUGCAACUGCAAAGGCUGCAGAUCCUGUUCCUGCACCUGCACCUGCACCCACACCCAAAAUUGUUCUUCCACCACUAUCCGAAGAUGAGCAGCGGCAGGUGUACAAAUGGAUGCUGGAGGAGAAGCGGAAGAUCAAACCACGCAAUGCUGCUGAGAAGAAUAAAAUCAAUGAGGAGAAAGCUCUUCUUAAGGAGUUCAUUCGGGCAGAGUCUCUACCUCGUUUGUGAUGAUUGCAUCGGAUGUCCUGCUGAUCUUGAAUUUUUUUUUCUCCUCCUGCAGUCCAGUUAGGACGUCCUCUGAAACUUGCCUUGUUAGCUGGUGCAGAUGGUAGUUUUUUUUUGUACUGUCACGUCUCUUCAUUUGGCAACAAAAAGGUUGGUUCCAGUCACCAGGAAACAGUUUUGUUCUGAUGAGAACUUUCGUGACCAGGGACAAUCGGGAGAUGUUUUCCAAGAAGCUCAAUGCUGGUGCAAAGCGUUUUUCUUUUUUUUUUUUGUCUAAUUGGCCCGCUGUUAUUGCCUCCAUCUAGCUAUGCACUGCUAUUCUUAGGUAAGAUGAGUUUCGGCUAUUCAAUUGUUUGGGUCAUAAUAUAUUCCUGGAGCCUUUUAAUACA